AAAUCAAGUGAGCAUAGUGGAAAUGAGAGGGAAAAAGAAGAGGGGAGGUAAAAGUGGGCCCCGCAUGAUGUCAUUAGGCAGUUGGGACUUGAGAGGCAAGAAGGUGGGACAUUUUAAUGUUUUAUAAAAUAGAAGGUGGUAAUUUUUUUUAAAAAAAAAAAAAAAUAGAAAGUGGUAAUUUCUAAAAUAGACAUUUGAUAAUUGUCAAAAUAUCCCAAAUUAAAUCGAGAAAAACACAAUAGAAUUUGAGGGGAUGCCCAACCAAAAGAUGUGCAAAUGUUGAAGCUUGGGAGCUGCUCCUAUGGCGUCCGAAGCCUCUGCUUCUUCCUGCGCCAUCCAUUGUUUUACUCAACUUCAACUUCUCUAACCAACCAAGGUAACCCUCCUUCUUCUUCAUUCUCUACCUCAUUAGCUGAUUUCUUAGUUAAUAAUCUGGGUUUCUCCAAUAAACAAUCUCUCUCCUUUUCCGCUAAGUUCACUAAAUUAUGGAAAGCGGGAGAUACUACUGAAUUCAAUUUCAUUGAAAAUGUUGAUUCUGUUAUUCAAUUCUUUAAACAAAUUGGGUUUCAGCAAUCUCAUAUUCAAAAAAUCAUUAUUUAUGAACCCCGGAUUUUAGUUUCUAGGGUUCAUGAAACCCUAAAACCCAAAAUUGAGCUUCUUAAUGACCUGGGUAUGUCUGAGUCUGAUGUAGUUCAAACUAUUGUAAGAAAUCCUAGGAUAUUGCGCCAAAGAUUGGGUCCUGUGAUUCAUGCUCUUAAGAAUGUUUUGGGUAGUGAUGAGAAUGUUGUUAGAAUUCUCAACCGAUCAGGUUGGAUCAACUUUCAGUGCGCUGCUAAUUAUUUGAUUCCCAAUGUUGAACUUUUGCAAAAGUAUUGUGGAACUUCUAGUGACACAAUCCAGAAACACAUUUUUCGGCAGCCUAAUAUUUUUACAGUGAAAACUGAUGUGCUUCGAGAUAUCUUAAUUAAGGUUGAACUACAGUUAGGGAUUCCUCGAGAUUCUUCGAUGUUCUUGUAUGGUGUUAAUUUACUGCUUUGCUGUGGUGAGAAGAAUAUCAAGGAUAAAUGGCAAGUAUUUAAGAGUUUUGGAUGGACUCAGUCUGAUAUCAUGAAAUUGAUCAGGCUAAAUCCUAUGUGUUUCUCUAGUUCAGAGGCAAGGAUCAAAAAAAGACUUGGCUAUCUGAUGAACGAACUGGGUUACAAGCCUGAUUAUUUAGCAAUGGAGACUAAAUUAUUCAUAUGUAGCAUGGAGAAGAGAUUAUUGCCAAGACAUCGAGUCUUACAGAUUUUGAAGGAGAAAGGGCUUGUAAGGGUGGAUUAUCGUUUUUCUACCAUUAUUGUCUAUUCUGAGUUUGUGUUCUUGAAAAGGUUUGUUCUGCCAUUUGAAGAAGUCCAUGAAGUUUAUGCUCAAAUGACAGGUUCUACGGUGGGGUCGCUCAAUGUAGGAAGAUCCAAAAGCCAAUCUUAAAGGUGUCACCAAAUUCUAAUGCUGCUUGAUAUUUGUCAGUGCAUAAGCUCAAGACUUUUACGGUUCCUAUCUGCAAAAUUUCUAUCACAAUCUUGGGAGCAGAGGUGUGCUUAAUUGUGGACUGGAUUUUAAUUGGCUAAGCGCACCAACUUGAGUAUCGUUUACAAAGGUGGCCUGCUUGUUUGCCUCACUUUUAAAGAUGGGAUUUGGUGCUGCAGCUGGUCUGAUUUUCAUCACAGCCACAAGGGCUCAUAAUCUGGAUUGUGUGAUGUUUUCUUUUUCUGAGCCGGAGCAAGUCCUGCAUCUGAAGUUGAUACAGAUGCACAAGUUGAAGUGGAUGACUUGAAAAGCUUUUUUUUUUUUUUUUGAGCCAGAGGUGUGUUUAAUGACCAAUUAACAUGUUUUGGAUUAUGUGGAGAUUUAACGAGAAUUAAGUAACUCUUGACUCUUAACUCUGUUGGUUUUUAGCAGUAAAAGCGAGCUUUGUAUUGGUCAUCUCUACUGGUGAUUAUCAGGGAUGCUCUCCGAAAGCUUGUUACUAAUGCUGGUGCUGCCCCGUCUGCUUCUCACUCGAUCUUGAAAAGAAUUUGGCAGCUUCAAGUUCUACCCCGAGUCAAAAUAUUCGCCUGGAGAGCUCUGCAGAAUGCCCUUCCAACUCGACACUAUAUACAUUAUCGAGUCAGAGAGUAUGAUCCGGAUUGUUGCAUCUGUUAACAGGGUUUUCAAACUACUAUCCACUCUCUCAGGGACUGUAAGAUCGCAAAGGAAGUCUGGAGUAGGAGCAGAUUUGCCCAAGUUGUCGGAUCACGAAUAGAUAGCGUUGCUGACUGGAGGGAAGGGUGUCUAGCUGAGUUUAAUGAGGUCAUGAGGUUGAGGCUGCUAGCAUUGUCACUCUCUGCUGGGAUAUUUGGAGUGCUCGUAACGCAUGUAUCAUGAAAGGUGAGACCCCCACUCCGGUGAAUAAGUGAGCUAUGCUAUUAACGCAUGUAUCAUGAAGUUUGGGACUCGUUGAGUGGAGCUUCAACGAGGCUGAAUGCUGCUGGGGUUCCUCUGCCAUACGUGGAGUCCCCCUGCUUCAGGCUGCUUUAAAGUGAAUGUUGAUGCAGGUGUUAUGAUGGUAUUUGGGACUGGUUUGGGUGCAGUGCUGAGGGAUGAACAUGGUGCUGUUUGUGCGAGUUUGGCUGCUCAAUCUCUUGACACUUGGGAGCCAAAUAUUUUGAAGGCAAUGGCUGUGCUAUCGGAGGGGAGGGAGCUGGGCGUGCAGAAGCUGGUUAUGGAGUGUGACUGCUUGCUUGUUCUCUAUCCACUUUGUCAUUGAUGAUAUCUUAGCCUUUUGUAAUAGUGUUUUUUUUUUUUUUUUUUUUUUGACGGGAGUAAUAGUUUUGUUAAUGUUCAUUGGUCUUUUGUAAAACGAAGAGGGAAUGAAAUUGCACAUCA